UUUUUUGGGGGCAAAAAUGAGACCUUCGAGUAACAAAGACCGUGACGAAACGAAGAAGAAGGAAGAAAAGAGGAAGCAGAAGAAAGUUCCAUUGCUGAAGUUGUUUUCAUUUGCAGACUUUUACGACUACGUGCUCAUGGCUUUGGGUUCCAUCGGUGCAUGCGUGCAUGGUGCAUCUGUUCCUGUUUUCUUCGUCUUCUUCGGGAAGCUGAUUAACGUUGCUGGAAUGGCUUAUCUCUUCCCUAAAGAAGCUUCUCACAGAGUCGCAAAGUACUCAUUGGAUUUUGUAUAUCUGAGCGUGGCUAUAUUGUUUUCCUCAUGGAUAGAGGUGGCUUGUUGGAUGCAUACUGGAGAACGACAAGCAGCGAAAAUGAGGAUGGAAUAUCUGAAAUCUAUGCUAAAACAAGACAUAAGCUUUUUCGACACAGAAGCUUCAACUGGAGAAGUAAUUUCUGCAAUUACAAGUGAUAUUAUUGUCGUUCAAGAUGCUCUUUCUGAGAAGGUGGGGAAUUUCAUGCAUUACGUUAGCAGGUUUAUAGUAGGCUUCAUUAUCGGUUUUGCCAGGGUAUGGCAGAUCAGUUUGGUGACACUAUCGAUCGUUCCGUUGAUUGCCGUCGCCGGUGGCCUUUACGCUUACGUAGCUACCGGUCUUAUUGCUAGAGUUCGAAACUCCUAUGUCAAAGCCGGUGAAAUUGCCGAAGAGGUGAUCGGAAAUGUUCGAACGGUCCAAGCAUUUGCCGGGGAAGAAAGGGCGGUGAAGUCAUACAAAGAAGCAUUGAUGAACACAUACAAGUACGGUAGAAGCGCCGGCUUAGCCAAGGGGCUCGGACUUGGUUCAAUGCAUUGUGUGCUUUUCGUUUCCUGGGCUUUGCUGGUUUGGUUCACCAGUAUAGUUGUUCACAAGAACAUCGCAAACGGUGGCGAUUCGUUCACAACCAUGCUUAAUGUUGUCAUCUCCGGCCUGUCGUUAGGACUGGCGGCACCGGACAUCUCGGCGUUUAUUCGAGCAAGGGUGGCUGCGUAUCCAAUAUUCGAAAUGAUAGAGAGGAACACAGUAAGCAAAACCAGCUCCAACACAUGUUACAGACUUGAAAAAGUGGAGGGUCACAUAGAAUUCAAGGACGUGACGUUCGGUUAUCCAUCACGUCCUGAUGUCGUAAUCUUCGAUAGGUUCAGCCUUAACAUACCUGCUGGCAAGAUUGUAGCUCUCGUGGGAGGGAGUGGCUCUGGGAAGAGUACAGUCAUAUCAUUGAUUGAGAGAUUUUAUGAGCCAAAUGCAGGGGAAAUUUUGUUGGAUGGGUACAAUGUUAGGGACCUUGAUCUCAAAUGGCUAAGACAGCAAAUUGGUUUGGUUAAUCAGGAACCAGCACUUUUCGCAACCACGAUUAGGGAGAACAUUCUUUACGGGAAAGAUGAUGCUACACUCGAAGAGAUAACGCGUGCCGCAAAGCUUUCGGAGGCCAUCGCGUUCGUCAAUAAUCUCCCUGAUGGGUUUGAGACUCAGGUUGGUGAGAGAGGAAUACAACUAUCAGGUGGACAGAAGCAGAGGAUUGCGAUAUCUCGAGCGAUAUUGAAGAAUCCGUCUAUACUUCUGCUUGAUGAAGCAACAAGUGCACUUGAUGCAGAAUCUGAGAAUAGUGUCCAGGAGGCACUUGAUCGUGUGAUGGUGGGACGAACCACGGUCGUGGUGGCUCAUCGGCUUUCUACUAUUAGGAAUGCAGACGUGGUAGCUGUUGUUCAAAGUGGGAAGAUAGUAGAAACAGGCAGCCAUGAUGAGCUCAUUUCAAAUCCUAACAGUGCAUAUUCGUCGCUUGUUCAGCUUCAAGAGACGGCGUCGUUGCAACGAUACCCCUCUCAUAGUAACACAAUCCGUACGCAACUCAGCUCAAAUUAUUCACGAGAAUUAUCCCGAACAAGGACAAGCUUCGGCACAAGUUUUCGUUCCGAUAAGGACUCAAUACUAAGCCAUGUAGAGGAUGAAGCUUUCGAUACAUGGAAGCCUGUUUCACCGAGAAGACUGUAUUCUAUGAUAGGACCCGACUGGUCUUAUGGGGUCUUUGGCACCAUUGCAGCAUUGAUUGCUGGAGCUCAGAUGCCUCUCUUUGCUCUAGGGGUUUCUCAAGCUCUUGUAGCCUAUUACAUGGGCUGGGAAACAACGUGCCGUGAAGUCAAGAAGAUUUCCAUACUAUUUUGCUGUGCUGCAGUUAUAACCGUCAUCGUUCAUGCUAUCGAGCACCUAUGUUUCGGCAUCAUGGGAGAGCGCCUCACUCUUCGUGUGCGUGAAGUGAUGUUUUCUGCCAUUUUGAAGAACGAAAUCGGAUGGUUCGACGACCUAAACAACUCGAGUUCCAUGCUUGCAUCACGCCUAGAGAGUGACGCAACGUUUCUAAAAGCCAUAGUUGUUGACCGGACAUCGAUUCUCAUUCAGAAUUUAGGUUUGGUUGUUGCCGCCUUCAUCAUUGCAUUCAUCUUAAACUGGAGAAUCACACUUGUUAUCUUGGCCACUUUCCCAUUGAUCACCAGUGGUCACAUUAGCGAGAAACUAUUCAUGCAAGGCUAUGGAGGUAACUUGAGCAAAGCAUAUCUAAAAGCAAACAUGCUUGCCGGUGAGGCUGUCAGCAAUAUUCGAACCGUUGCUGCAUUUUGUGCAGAGGAGAAGAUCCUUGAUCUUUAUGCCCGUGAGCUGGUGGAGCCUUCAAAGCGUUCAUUUAACCGAGGCCAAAUCGCCGGGAUAUUCUACGGCAUUUCCCAGUUCUUCAUCUUCUCAUCUUAUGGCCUUGGCUUAUGGUAUGGUUCUGUAUUAAUGGGGAAGGAGCUAGCUAGCUUUAAAUCUGUCAUGAAAUCAUUUAUGGUUUUGAUUAUAACGGCACUAGCCAUGGGAGAAACUUUGGCAUUGGUUCCAGAUCUUCUAAAGGGGAACCAAAUGGUGGCAUCCGUGUUUGAGAUAAUGGACCGGAAGACGCAGGUCGCUGGGGAUGCCGGAGAAGAACUAACAAAUGUGGAAGGUACAAUUGAGCUAAGGGGUGUCCAGUUUAGUUAUCCAUCGAGGCCAGACGUAGUCAUUUUCAACGGCUUCAACCUAAAAGUUCGUUCAGGGAAGAGUAUGGCGCUGGUGGGGCAAAGCGGUUCUGGUAAAAGUUCGGUUCUUGCUCUUAUACUUCGAUUCUAUGAUCCAACAGCUGGGAAAGUGAUUAUUGAUGGGAGAGACAUAAGGAAACUGAAACUCAAAUCCCUUCGGAAACACGUGGGUCUAGUCCAACAAGAACCAGCACUUUUUGCUACAUCAAUUUAUGAGAACAUCCUUUAUGGAAAAGAAGGGGCUUCAGAAUCAGAAAUAAUUAAAGCAGCUAAGCUAGCCAACGCACAUGGAUUCAUAAGUUCCCUCCCUGAGGGUUACUCAACCAAAGUCGGUGAACGAGGAGUGCAACUAUCUGGUGGUCAGAAACAGAGAGUAGCCAUUGCUCGAGCUGUUCUGAAGAACCCAGAAAUCUUGCUACUAGAUGAAGCCACCAGUGCUUUAGACGUGGAGUCGGAGCAUGUGGUGCAACAAGCUCUCGACAGAUUAAUGAGAAAUCGAACAACAGUUAUGGUGGCACAUAGGCUGUCGACUAUUAAAAAUGCAGACAAAAUAUCAGUUAUACAAGGAGGAAAAAUAAUAGAGCAAGGGACUCAUUCUAGUCUGAUAGAAAAGAAAGACGGGCCAUAUUUUAAGUUGAUCAACCUUCAGCAGCAACAGCAACAGCAACUAGAACAUUAAUGUAAAAGUGGAUAAGAUAAUAACUACAGGAUGAA